CAUGACUGCUGAAAUGCGAACAGGUGAUGUUGACUGCAACCCGAGCAGACGGGCCGACUGAGACAAUUACUUGAAUGUCCAAUGUCAAAGACAUGGAGGACAAGCGGUAUUACUCUUCUGAGUUGCUGCUCAAUCUCGAAUGUCUUGUUGAGUCUCGUUUUGUCUUUAACCUGUUCGUCACUCUGUUUGCUGGAGUGAAGUCUGCAUGCUCGUGUACAUUCAACCUCGUAACCUACGACUAGGGGUUGCGAGUCGACAUCUACUUUCACGAGAAACGCCAGGACGCGACAGGAAACCAAGUGAAGCUGAGACAGUCGCAUUCAAGCAACGACGCGACUUCCGGCUUCUUUCCCUCUGUGAUGUUGGUCGACUGCACCAUCGGUCUCGCACUUCUUCCAAUCGCAUCAACAGACAAUUGACUACUCGCAUCUCUGUUUUCAGACACUUGUCUUAUCCUCUAACUCUAACGAGCAAGUCUCUAAUUAUUGCAAUAUCCAUCAACAAAUUCACGCUGGCGAGCACAACUCAUUCCGGGCGCCGUGCCCGAGCUUUGCAAAGGCGCACACCUACUCUGCACAAUAUUUCUGAGCGCCGACUACCAUUGGGCACUCAAGCAGAUCUCCUGCUUCAGCGUUCCUCAGCCUCGAAGCCUAAGCAGCCUUUUACUCAUCUCAACAUCGUCAAGGCAGAAGACCUGGACGACGCAAAGACCGACAAGGACAUUUCCCCCGAGCCUUAUGUUCACUCUACGCCUGGACCGUCGCCCAAGUCUUCGAGCAGAAGCCUGAACUCAACCGACACCGGCAGAAUGUCUUUCGCAGACUCAGCUUCAGAGGAUCGAUUCCGACUUGCCGAGCUGGCAACAGCCCGACUCGAAAGACAAAGCAGAAGGAUCAUCGAGAAUGAUCCCACCAUCCCGAUCAGCAAAAUCGCCAUGCCUAGGAUACCACGGAAGGUGCUUCCAAAACAGCGACUGCCUCUCGACUAUCCUGAGUCGAGUGAUGGCGACAUGGCUUCUACAAGCCGCACGUCACGCAACGAAAGCCCUUUGGAUGUCCACGCCAAAGUCUUCCGCCCCGGCUCGCGCGACAGUUCCAUCUCUCGUACCCGUGAGCCACCUCGAAAGGACUCUGCCAAUCUCAGCCUGGAUGACGGGGAAUUUCAGCUCGUAACCAGCAAAAAGACGAAGCCAUCUUCCAGGCCUACCGGUCUGAACGCCCAUGAGGUCAAGGUCGAUGAAAAGACGUCUACAAUCGAUGCGCCUUGCAACAAACAUGAGAUCAACGAAGUGUUUGGCAACGACUUGCCUCCUAUGGCACACUUCCUGAGCAGCGUCGGAAACAUCAAUGGUGAAGUUGGAUUCGCUAUGCAUCCCAACGGGGAUAUCAGUGGUCAUCAGUGGUCAGCCAACGAUUUCCAAUGGUACAACAUCGGACUCUUCUCCAAUAUCCGCAGGCGUACUGAGGGUAUGUUAGCCUCUCAUCGACUGAAGGGCGAGAACGAUCUACACAGCCUCCUACUGCAUACUCUCAGUUACUUUCGAGCAGUAGCUCUACAACAGGAGGCGGCCAUUAUGAAGAUGCCGUUUGGCAUGAAAGAGCUGCAGGCCGCAAUGCCCAAGAUUCCUGUCGACCGUACUGUACGUAAAGCGCCAAUCAUGCCCGCUGUUGCCGUAACACAGGCUGGGUCAGAAUCUGAACAUCGCCGUCCUGAGAAGAAGGAUCAAACUCGCACAUCAUCGCUUGGGCCUGAUCGUCAGCCAUGGCUACAGGGCUACGCUUCACGUGUUCGUAGCAAGCCUAAAGUGUCAAGCGUCCCGAGAGCGCCAGCAUCCAACAACCUCUCUUUCCAGCGUGACUUCCUAUCUUCCGCUGCUGAUCACAAUACCCCUUCGGUCAACCCAUACGACAAUUUACCCCAAAGCUUGACUGCUCUCAACAACCUAUCGUUCGGAAUUUUCUCUACGAGCAUGGACGAUGACCUUGUUGACAACAGCUCCCGAUUUCCUAAUCUCAAGACGCCCGCUUCGGAGCGUCCCGGUGUGGGUGAGCAUAGUCAGUAUCUGGACUCCUUCUUGCCAAAGAGUAUGCCGCAGAUGGCCACUUCGCAGCUCUAUUCUCCAAUUCCUAACUUGGACUUCUUGGCUUUCCUGGAGAAGGCACACCCUCAAACUGCCUCACCAGACCAGGAAGACUCGCCAGCUUCGCGCAAAUUCACCAAGGCAUCUGUCGAUAAGAUUUUCAGUGCCGCCGCGUUCCGCAACACUGGUUUCACCACCGGAACUCGAACCGUCCUUCAUGAUCCGUUCCAGAGUCAUCAGCCUUCGAAAAUGGUGACUGCUACACUCGGAACACCUCUGCCGGGUCCUCAGACCUCGGAGAAGACACAUAAUGAUAUAGUCUGGUCAAACACUCCCAUCGGCCAGUUGCCUUGCUCAUAUACUCUUCAAGCAUCUACCCCCACCAGUGAUGACGAUCUAGCCUACGACCCAGCCUACGACCUCCGCAUUAGCGAGCCCGAAUUCCCUCCCAAGUCAAAGUCUAUGGAGAUUGUUGACAUCAAUCUGCCUCACAUGACCACUGAAGAGCUUGCAAUCUACUCGAGACCGAGUCCGCAAAACUUCAACGGUCCAUUCUUCAUGGGCAGUCCUGACAUUCCUAGCGAGGCCAGCAGAAAGAGCCACGACCAGGAGCUGCAUGAUUGGUUUUACAGUGGUCUCACGACUAUUGAGCGUCAGAAUGAGCACUUCCAGUACAUCAAGACCGCACACUGUCAGGCACCCACUACCACACAAGUAAGGCUCAAUCCGGGACCUGUCGGCACACCUCACAAGACGCGAGAGUCGGAACCUUUCAAUGAAGUUACGACGCGCUUAUUUCUGUCCAUGCACGAGAGCCUCUCACAGUACACUCAGGGUCCUCCCGAGCAGCGUCGUGGAUAUCUCGCACCAUUCUGCGAUCCUCCCGAAUGGUGCGUUGACAAGAGCGCAAACGGUAACGACAGCUUCUUCGGCGAGGAGUGGGGUCAGCCCCCUGAGCGCAUUAGUAGAGACUCGCGCUACAGACCCCUCCCCUUCGAGAGCAAGUUCGAUCCGUUUGACAGUCACCGUGGAACCAACGGCGGUGGUCUGCAUGCUUCGAACGGAAGACUCAGAUAUGGCUCAAACGUGAAGUACUGAAGCAAGAAAAACUGGUGCGAGGAUGAUUAUUGCAUUUCAAGAACAUGAUAACGACCGUUCACGACAAGCAUUUUCAUGGCGUAUAAAGGGCAUGGAUGGUGGGUCGUUGGCUGCUAAUCGAGCAAGCGGAUAGCUCAUGGUUUAUGGUCUAUGGUUUCUCGAUGCAUACCCGCAUUCUUCUCCCCUCAAGACGUUUUGUAUUGUAGACAGACGAAU